AUGCAAGAAACAGCUGACGAUGUUAAAACGAUGGCUACAAAAACGAUUGCAAGUGCUACUGUAAGGGCUGUAAAGAAACGAGUGCUACCAUCAAGGACUGCACUUGUCUUAACAUCAAAUGCGGUGAAUAAAGUAAAGGAAAUAAUGUCCAAAGAAGAAGCUAAGGGUUUUAUAGGUUUAAAAGUUGGUGUGCGACAAAGAGGAUGUAAUGGUUUAUCGUACACACUAGACUAUGCGAAGAGUAAGGAAAAAUUAGACGAAGAAGUUAAACAGGAUGGUGUAACAAUAAUUAUAGACAAAAAGGCUCAGUUAACUCUGCUAGGUACUGAAAUGGACUUUGUAGAAAAUAAACUAUCAGCUGAAUUUGUCUUCAACAAUCCCAAUAUUAAAGGAACAUGUGGCUGUGGAGAAUCCUUUAGCAUAUAG